AUGAGCGCCGGCCCGUAUGCGAGCACUGUACGAGGCUACAUCUGGCUUGCGGGUGGGACGAGGUGCGGCCACAGCAGAAGCUCCCGCUGCAUUGUUCCAACUGGGGACAAGUCCUGCGAGCGAUGUGAAGCUACUGGGAUCGAGUGUAUCUGGACCUCCCCGCCACCAUCACCGUCAUCACUGUCUUGGCCCGACACUUCGACACUCGGAGACCACCAGAACACGAAUAGCGGCCGCCGGCCUGCUAGUACGAGCCUGAUUGACCAUGACGAUGGCCCUCCACUGUAUCCACUGUCCGACCAAGGGGGGAUACCAUCGGUGGCCACAUCAGUGCCCACUCCCGUCUCCGCUACCCCAGGGCAACAAAUGCCGUCGGCCGCAACAUCAUCUUGGGAGGGGGGCGGUCUUCCCGACCACCCACGCUUUACUCAUUUACUCGACAAAUAUUUCGAGACGGUCCAUUGUAACCUGCACUGCACGCCACCCAUCGCAGGUGACAUUGAGCUCGGCGAUGCAUGGGCUGAUAGCGCCCUCCAAACUCUACUGCCGAACAUUUAUCGCAACUUUGGGGCUGAGAACAUUAUGGCAGUAGUGCUCGCACACGUCUAUGAGACUAGUCGAGGUAACUACUCCAGCGGCUGGCUUCUUGCUGGAAACGCAGCAAGAAUGAUGCAGCUUCUUCACCUCCACACAUUCGACGAAACGUACCGCAACCAAUUGCCACGGAAUGUAUCGCCUCUUCUUCAGCCCGAGGCCCUGCGACGUCUGGCCUGGUCUACUUUCUACAUCGACGCGACGCUCGGGAACGGUCCGUUUGCUAUCAGAUGCUUGACAGAGGACCUCCUCACGAUCCAGCUUCCUUCCAGGGAAGUAUUCUUUCUAGGCGAUGAGCAGGUGACUACCGAGCGACUACACGAGGGUGACGAUGGUGGCAACGGGAAAGGUCUCCUCCCGGGCACCGGUGUACCGGGCGGCGGAGCGGUGGGACUGUCGGGAUGGUUGCUCCGCACUGCUGCUGUGAGGCGGAGGGUCAUCGACUUGACGAACGAAUUCAAGGACACUACCAAGAGUAUUGGCCAACUCGAAACCGAAGUGGCGGCCAUGACAGCCGAUCUCGACGGUGUCAUUCGAGGCCUCCCCAAGCGACUGCAGUACUCGGACGACAACCUCGUCCUAAGCCGUGACUGUCUCCCGGCUUUCAUAUUGCUUCACGUCGUGCGCCACGAUUGCUUCUUGAGCAUCGCCCGACUGCACCUUUGCAUGGCGACCAAACUGCCGGGAGGACUUGAUACGCCAACGUCGGACAAGCAUCGUCUGGAUCGUAUUAACCACGCUGUGCCCCUUUCGCGUAUCAUUGAAGACGGCCUCCGGCGGGGCAUUAGCUUUGAUCCACAGAUCGGUGUCGUCGCGUACGUGGCACUGGAGAUUUUACUAUUGGAGCCACCGCGACUAGCGCCCAGAGACCCAACCAUUGAUCCCAAGUCGCCGGUCUAUACUGAGGCAAUGGUUCCCUUGCUGACCAUUCUUCGUCUCAUGGGACAUGCAGCGCGAACGAAAAGCCGACUGCAUGUAGAAGCCUGUCAUCGCAUCGUGUGCGUCGGUCUCCAGGAUCUUCUCACUGAGGACGACUGGCUGUCCGUCAGACGCGAGACGGAUCUUAUCCGACCCAACGACGGGGAGUUUGAUUUCGCCCAAUUCAGCUGGACAGAUAUCGAGCGGACCGACAAGUUUGGUCAUGCCCAUCCAUUCCCAGGUUCACUCCUGGACUCGAACAUGGGGAAGGCCGCGCCCUCGGCGGCCCCGUCACCUCCGGGGGAACUCGACGCCAGCUUCGCCAUCGGCCGUGUUGACCCGGCAGGUCCAGCGCAUCAGUCGGAGCAAGAUAUUGAGACCGCCGGAUCGAACCCCGACCCAUGGCUGUUCCUCCAGUCCGACGAUAUCCUCACUUGGAUUGCCCAGCAGGAAGCCAUGGAUACGACCAUGUUCAUGCCGGGCCACCUAUUUGGCGGAAGCACAGGCGGCUGA